AUGUCUUCCUUGGUGGGCUCUCCCCGAAAUCAGAGCCUUCCCCCUCCCACUUUCCUCCUCACAGGCUUCCCAGGAUGGGAGGCUAGAAGUGUCUGGCUCUCCGCCCCGUUCUGCUGCCUGUAUGCCGUUGCCCUGGUGGGCAACAGUGCCGUUGUCCUUGUGAUUGUGAAGGACCAAAGUCUGCACAGGCCCAUGUACUUCUUCCUCUCCAUGCUGGCCAUGAGUGAGCUGGGGGUGUCCCUCUCCACCCUACCAACAGUGCUGAACCUAUUCCUCUUCUACACCCGGGAGAUCGGGAGGGACGCCUGCUUCUCCCAGAUGUUCUUCAUCCAUUGCUUUUCCAUCAUGGACUCGGGAGUCCUCUGGGCCAUGGCUUUUGACCGGUUCGUAGCCAUUUACAGCCCCCUCCAGUACGCCACCAUCCUGACAAACUCCAGGAUUGCCUUGAUCGGCCUGGGGAUUGUGGUGAGGAGCGUCCUCCUUCUCCUCCCUCUGCCAGUUCUCCUGAGAUGGUUGCCGUUCUGCAGGCCCAACGUCCUGACUCAUCCCUACUGCUUGCACCCCAAUUUAAUCCAGCUCCCGUGCGCAGACACCAGAGUCAACAGCAUCUACGGCCUCUUCGUCUUGCUCUGCACUUUUGGGCUGGACGCCUUGUUUAUCAUCCUGUCCUACGCAAUGAUAGUCAAGACGGUGCUGAGCAUCGCCUCCAAGGAAGGGCGCCUCAAGGCCCUGAACACCUGCGUCUCCCACAUCUGUGCCGUUGUGGUCUAUUACACCCCGAUGAUUGGCGUGUCGAUGGUGUCCAGGUUUGGCAAACAUGUUCCCCCUGUGUUGCACGCCCUCAUGGGCAACAUCUACCUCCUGGUGCCUCCAGUCCUGAACCCCAUCAUCUACAGCAUCAAAACAAAGGAGAUCUCCAAGGCCUUUGGGAAGCUCUUCUUUCCAAAGAACUUCUGA